AAGCGGUGUCUGCUCGCGUACCAUCGGCAGCGGCUCGACUGGCUGCGCGCCCGCGUCUGGGACAAGGCGGGCGCCGUGGCGCUCGUGCUGGACGAGGACAGCCCGCAGGACGCGCGCUCGAUCCGCCCGCUGCUCGAGCCCGCGGAGCUCGAGUGGCUGCGCAGCUACGCGGCGCUCGUCGGCCUGUACAAGGACGCGUACCUGGACGUGCUGGACGUGACGCUGCCGCUGGCCACGGGCGCCGCGGCUGCCGAGCCUGCGCGUGCGCGCGCGGCGCUCGGCGGCCACUUUGAUGCGCGCGCUGCCGCGGCGUACGCGACGCCGACGCCGCCGAACGCGGUGCGCCCGCCCGACGACCUGAUGAUCUCGGUGGUCGUCACGCGCGACGCGCACAGCGUCGAGACGGAGCGCGGCACGCUGCACCUGCGCGCCGGCGAGCGGCUCUAUGUGCGGCGCGACGAGGUCGAGGCCCUGCUGCUGCGCGGCUGGCUGCGCGAGACGGAUGCCUAG